UGAGUGGUGUCUGCACCUUGCCACAGUCUGCUGGUUGGGAGACCAGAUGCUCUGGGGGAUUCAGUUUUACGGAAGCAGGAAAAACAAGAUCAGUGAGGCCUCAGCAGAAGACUCCCAGGGCGGGCCCCGCUUCUGCCUAUGGGGCAGACGGAACACUUGUCUCUGAUCCAGGGACCAUGGAGGAGGAGGAGGAGGAGGAGGAAGAGGAGCAGGAGGAGGACUAUGAGAACAUGGCACCUCCCUACAAGGACCUUCCUCCCAAGCCAGGAACCAUGGAGGAGGAGGAGGAGGAUGAUGACUAUGAGAACUCAACGCCUCCCUACAAGGACCUUCCUCCCAAGCCAGGUUCAAGUGCUCCACCAAGACCUCCAAGGGCAGAAAAGGAAACAGAGCAACCCCCACUUCCUUGCAAGCCCCAGAACAUGACAGGACUGGACCUCGCCUCUCUCACCUGUCCACCUCCUCAACUGGCUGUGAAUCUUGAGCCUUCUCCAUUGCAGCCAUCCCUGGCUGCAACUCCAGCGCCCUGGCUCAAUCAGACAUCUGAAGGUCCUGGCUGCUGUCAGAAGAGGUGGAUGGUGUACCUGUGUCUGCUGGUGGUGAUUUCCCUGUUCCUGGGCUGCCUCGGUCUCACUGUGUCCCUGAUUAAAUACCAGGAGUUGAUGGAAGAACUGAGAAUGUUAAACUUUCAGCAGAUGACGUGGCGAGCAAAUAUGACUGGCAUGGCAGGGCUAGCUGGCCUGAAGCAUGACAUUGACCAUUUAAGAGCUGACACCAACCAGUCCCUGGUGGAACUUCGGGGCUUAUUAGGCUGCCGCCGAGUUACCUGUCCUGAAGGCUGGCUGCCCUUUGAGGGCAAGUGUUACUACUUCUCCCCAAUCACCAAGUCAUGGGAUGAAGCCCGAAUUUUCUGCCAGGAGAAUUACUCUCACUUGGUCAUCAUCGAUAGCUUUGCUGAGCACAAUUUUGUGGCCAAGGCUCACGGCUCUCCACGGGUGUACUGGCUGGGGCUGAAUGACAGGGGCCAAGAAGGGGACUGGAGGUGGCUGGAUGGGUCUCCUGUGACGUUAAGCUUCUGGGAGCCAGAGGAACCCAAUAACAUGCACAAUGAGGACUGUGCUACCAUGAACAAAGAUGGCAGGUGGAAUGAUCUGUCUUGCUACAAAACUACAUAUUGGAUUUGCGAGCGGAAAUGUUCCUGUUGAAGCCCAGGACCGAGGCUGGGGGGUCCAUAUUCGAGCGUCCCUCACUCUUUGAGAUGAGAAUCUCCUGUCCUUUCAUGGACGGCCUUGCCUCUUCAUGAGUGGACACAGAUGUGCCCUAAACAGGAUUGGCACCCUGGAUGCAGCAAAUUCCCAGGGAUGCAAGUCAGGCUGUUUCUAGAGUGAAGACUUGGGCUUGUCCCAGUAGAUGGUGAGCUGGGAGGACGCUCAGAGCUUGGUGGUGGGAGGUCUCCCAGUUCUGGGGUUGAAAGGAUCUUCACCAAGUUCCUGAUCAUGACUCUUGGGAAGUGAUACUAGCCCUGAGGACCCUGGGGCUGGUAUUGAACCUGGGAUGAAAUAUCCUGGCGCCUCUGAACCACAAAGAGCUGGGGCUGGGUUCCUUUUUCUGCAGCCUCAAACUUCUGGGCUCAGGCAAUCCUCCCAUCUCAGCCUCCUGAGUAGCUGGGACUACACAUGCGCACCACCAUGCCUGGUCAAUUUUUUGUAGUGUUUAAAGAGAGGGA